AUGCCACAGUCGAUUGUAGGCGUGGGACAUAGUAUGGGAGCCGGACAACUUGUUCUUCUAUCCAUGCUCCACCCCCGCCUCUUCACAUCAUUAACUCUGAUAGAACCCGUCAUCUCGCCUGAUAUCUUUACGGGUCAAGAGGCCCAUCUUGACCAUAAUGUCGCUCAAGCGAAAGGAUACUUGGAAAUCCAAAUCAGAAUCAUCCAAGCUGCACGCAAAUCAUACAAAAGAUGGGACAAACGAGUCCUCGAUCGCUGGAUCAGUAACGGGUAUCGCGAGUUGCCAGUUACUACGCGACGUGAUUCAGACGAUAGCCAUCAAGCCGAUCAACCCGUUACCUUGGCGAGCCCAAAUUAUCAAGAAGUCUUGCAAUACCUGCGCUCAAACCCUCUGGAUUACAAACCCGUGGGAACAUACGAGGUCGACGAAACAUCUUCAGGUCACCACGAUCACCUCCUCUACUCGGACAUCAUCGGUCCUCCGCAUGCAAACUCGCCAUUUUAUCAAUACGAGCCAAUUCUGGCCUGGAAGAUGCUCAAGCAUAUUCGUCCCGCUGUCUUUAAUCUCCACGGAGAGAGCAGUCCAAUUGCCACCCCUGAAAUGCGAGCCAAUAUGUUGAAUCGGACUGGGACCGGGGUCGGUGGAAAUGGCGGUGUCCGGGAGUCAAGGGUGCAGCAAAUGGUUCUGAAAGGAUCACAUCAAUUACCCCUCGAGCAGGUGGCAGAGACAACAUCGGCUAUUGGUCCUUGGGUCGGUCAGUCGGCGCAAAGUUGGAAAGAAGAUGAGGUGCGUCUGGUUGAAGGGUGGGCGGAACAAUCUAUGAGGGACCGGCUUAAGGCCAUGAAUGAUUGGGUACCUGUUCUACAAGGACUUUAUAAGACUGAGUCACAGAAGCGAGACUCAAGGCCAUGA